GGGCGCUUCCCCGCCGGCAUGCCCGACUUCGUGCUGGACACGGACGCCUCCGUCCAGAAUGGAGCCACCUUCUUGUCGUCACCGCAGGUCCAUCGGGGCAGGGACUGCGUCCGGGCCUGCUGCAAGGACCACAUGUGUAACCUGGCGCUGGUGGAGCAGCACCCGGGUGCUGGGGAAGACCACAUCCAAGGCUGCUUCCUCCUCAACUGCCUCUACAAGAAGGCUUUCGUGUGCCGCUUCGCCAGGAAGAUCGGCUUCCUCAACUAUGUGAAGAGGAACGUGUACGAUGCCUAUUUAGCAAUGCAGGAGCAUGGGUUUGGCGAUGAUCAUCCUCCGAUAGCCCGUGCUGGGAUGAGCAUGAAAGUACAGCCGGGUGAGACAGUGUUGCUGAGAGGCACGGAGAGCACCGAUGACCAUGGGAUUGUCAGCUAUGAAUGGAAGCAAAUCCUUGGUGACCCCUCUGCGGAGAUGCAGAAACUGGAAGAAGAUCAGGUGGAAGUCUCCAACCUACAGGUGGGGAUUUAUGUCUUCCAGCUUACUGUCACGGAUACGGCCCAACAGCAGGACUUCACCAACAUCACCAUCGUAGUGCUGAACUCUGAGCAGACUGAAGAGCACUGUUUGACUCCUAAGAAGGUGGGUCGAUGCCGGGGGUCUUUUCCACGUUGGUUUUAUAACCCAAGUCUUCAGCAGUGUGAGCCAUUCAUUUUUGGGGGCUGCAAGCCCAACAAGAAUAACUACGUACGAGAAGAGGAGUGUAAACUUGCCUGCAAAAAUGUUAAAGGUUCUGUUGGUGGACGACAACAGCCAGUGUGCAAUGGGAACUGUCAUCCCCCCACCUUCAGAUGCAAGGAUGGCUGUUGUAUUGAUGCCUAUCUGGAAUGUGACGACACUCUAGACUGUGCUGAUGGAUCAGAUGAGAUGUAUUGUGAACAAUAUGCUCGUGAGUUCAAUAGACUGCAGAAAAUCAAUAUCACACAUGAGAAAGGUCACUGUGUGGAUUUGCCCGAUACCGGACUGUGCACAGAGAGCAUCCCACGCUGGUACUACAACCCAUUCACUGAGAAAUGUGACCGCUUUACCUACGGGGGCUGUGAUGGCAACCAGAACAACUUUGGAGAAGAGGAAGAGUGCAUAAAAUCAUGUGCAGGCGUCACAAAAGCAGAUGUCAUAGGCCGAAGAUGGGAGUCAUUUGAGCACCAAACCGCUAGCUUAAGUGCCUUUGAGGUGGUGAUUGCUGUGCUCCUUGGAAUCUGCAUCAUGGUGGUCCUGGUGAUCAUUGGCUACUUCUUCCUCAAGAAAAGGAAGAACAGCAGACGCCGUCAGCCAGCCACUGCUACCAACUCAACCCUCUCCACCUCAGAGGACACUACGCACCUGUUCUACAAUGGUGCCACCAAACCAGUCUGACCUGCAAAUUCUCUCUCUUUCUGGCCCAGCACUGGGGCACUCCCAAGAACUUUGGGAGUUCUGUCUUUAAAUACAGGCUUGCACCUGAAGGACAUUUUCUGUUAGAAGACGUUUGUAGCAUGAGGCCAAGAUCUAGCCAUGAUUUGGCAGUACUACUGAUUGUUAUUGUCCUGGAUAACUGGCUGCUCUGGAAACUGAGGAUUUGGGAACAUUUUGAUGCUUUCUGAUGGCUGUCCCUUCCCAGCUUCAAACAAUUCAGUGACAACUCUGAG